AGACUCCCGGCAGCUGAGCCAAGCUGAUCAGAUCGGGAGCAGCGUCGAACCCCCGCCACGCGGGCGCACCGCAUGGCGGAAGCAGCUGAGAGCUGUAUCACCUGGUGGCAUGACAAACAUAUUUUGGAGAAAAGGGAGCUGAAAGGCGAAGACGAGGAUAAGCUCGUGGUCCGCUCCCCUCUCUACGACAUUUGUGCUUGGGUCGAGGGCCAAAACAAGCAAAGAUCCUUCGUCUAUUUCUCUUGGCCACGCAUGGGACGCCAGAAGUGGGGCUACUCGAAAGAUGAUGGAGCAGACUGGUUUGAUCAGGAAGCCUGCACUUGUAGCUGGACUCACUGUCUCUAUUCCAGCGACAUUUGGUUGGAGGUGACCAUCCAAGAUGACGUGGAUCAUGGGAACUUUGAGGAUCAGGUGACGAUCCGCCCGAGGAGCAUCGUUCAGACUGCUCCAAGCGGCUACUGGACAAUCAGGACGGCUGGAAGAAACAAGUUUCAGUUCAAGAUCCCCUACUCUCCAGACGGCUUCCGCUUUUCGCUGGAGUUUGCAUGGGAAAUCUUCAGUUUCAAGUAUCACGAGAAAGAGAUCUCGCAGCUGCCAAGGAAUGGCUUGGUAUGCUUUGUGGAGCCGAUCGCGAAGCAGAUCAGGCCGGAGGACCUGUAUUCACCGGAGGAGUUGAAGGAGAAGGUCUACUACGUGGAUCCUGAGCGGGACUUCCCUUUGAAUCUGGACCAGGUCACACAGCCCAUCAUCUACUUCCGACCAGGAAUCUAUGCGAUGGCCUGGAACUAUCACGCCUACCUGCCGAAUCAAGUGGAAUGGAUCUAUUUGGCCCCGGGCUCCUACGUGAAGGGCGCCUUCCAGUUUCGUGGGGAGACGGGUAAGACGCCCAAUCACCUCAGAGUCACUGGAGCUGGCACCCUUUCGGGUGAGAAGUACGUCUAUGAAUGCGACAAGGAGAAUGGCUACCGGACGCGGCCAGCUGACCUGCCCGGGGGCGCUUAUGAGGGCAGAUGUCUGAAGAUGCUGGAGUUCUGGUCACCCGCCGAUAUGGAGCAGUCUCUGGAGGUGCAAGGGAUCACUCUCACGAAUCCGCAAUUCCACACCUUCACGGUCUACGGGACGCUGGAUUCAAAGGACGCCAAGUUCGCCACCCAGGUGAACCAGUAUCACAUGGUGGGAACUUGGUACUUUCAGACCGAUGGUUUGGAAGUACCUAGUUUCUCUUGCCUGGAGCAUUCCUUCUUCCAGAGCGGCGAUGACUGUAUCAAACUCUACUGGAGUGACGUGACGGUGCGAAACAUCACUUGCUGGUUCCAAGGCAAUGGCGGCCUAGUUCAGUUUGGCUGGAAGCCGCGGAAUCUGGCGCGGGUUCUUUGCGAGAAGAUUCAGGUGAUCCAUGACUUGUCUCGAUUCCGCGGGGCCAGCAAUUGCGCCAUCAUUUGUGGGGCUGACUUGAUCGUGGACAGUGACAAGCAUGAGGCACAUCACUACACGAUCGAGGACUUGACACUGCGAGAUAUCCAGGUGGAAGGUCGAUGCAUGUGCCCCAUCCGGAUCGUGGUACAAUCAAAGAUCCAGAAGAUUAAGAUCGAAAACCUCUUCGUGGAGAUGUGGGAUGGUUCUGAGGACCAGUGCACCUUGCGGAACUUUGACAAGAACCCGCAUGUCACUGACUACUUCAAAAAUAUCGAGGAGAGCUUCCUGGAGAUUCUGAACUUUCGCCUGGGAAAAGAGCCGGUUGCACGGUCCAAUGCUGAAUCCUUGGGCCGGCUCAAUUUCGAUCCCUUUUUCACGGGCAAGUGGUCCCUGAUUCCCGGUCGCCGCGCCAGCCAGCUGUCGACCUCUUCGCGCGGGGGACCUUGCGGCCUCUUCGAGCGAAGGGAGUGCCGUGAGUGCCACGUCUUGUAGC